AUGUUCUCUUCCAAUUACCCCACCAACCCUUUCCCAAGCUUACCCUCAUCACCAUCUUAUUACCCUCCUCUUCCUUUCUUGACUGAAUCUGAAAAUGCUUUUGAAAUUAACACCCUCCUUUAUGACGCUCACCCACUUGCGGUUCCAAUCUCAGAUUUGACUGUUGCAGACUAUGCUAUUACUCUUCAAAAGCAGACCAUUAACAAUGACAAUGGUAGAAUUAUGAGCACCAAGAAAGAUGGGCACAGCAAGAUUCACACGUCUCAGGGUUUGAGGGAUCGUAGGGUGAGGUUGUCCAGUGAAAUAGCCCGAAAGUUCUUUGAUCUUCAGGACAUGCUGGAGCAUGACAAGCCAAGCAACACUCUCAAGUGGCUCUUCGCCAAGUGUGAGAAUGCAAUUAAGGAACUUGCUGGAAGCAAGCACAGGUGCAGUGGGCCUGCCAUGUGCUUCUGCUUCUCUUCUGAGAUACAAGGACAACAAGGGGUUCAUAAUUCACAUGAUAACAAAAUGCUGAUGGAAGGUACCAAAGAGAAGAAGCUGAAGAAGGAACGUGUUUGCUUUCAGGCAAAAAAGGAGUGUAGGGUAAGGGCGAGAGCGAGAGCAAGAGAAAGGACAAGUACCAAAAUGUUGCGCACUUCAAAUCCUCAAAUCCAACAACAAUUGGUACCACCCAUUCAGCCUCAGACUUGUGCAAGUGCAAGAUGGCCUAAUGGCAGUGAAGCAUACACGGAUUGUUUUGACGUUAUUGAAGAAUCUGUUAGUAUGAAUCUGUCUACAGGUACAUAUUACCUUAAUCUAUAG